GACUCCUGAACUCAACACUCGUCAACAUCCGAGCCAAAAGCUCCUAGGACACCCCCACUUUUUACGGGCCACUCCCUCCAUUGUCAACAUCCCAACCAAAACAGGCCAACUUCAAAGUCACAGGAUUCAUUUGAAACGACCGAAUCGAAUAUGGCCGUCCAGAGUUUUGACUUCUUUUUUGACCUGCCUCCCGAGCUCCGUGAGCAGAUACUCUCGCACAUUUGCCUCUUCCCAACCGGCAUCAACGUCGGCGGUGGCGAAGGGGGCAAGACUGUGCUCAUGCCUGCCCCUACUCGCAACACGUCCACCGCUGGCGCGCAUCAGAACACUCAUCAAACUGGUACUUCAAGCCAAUUGUUUCACAAACAAGAGGAGGAUGCCGAAGAAGACGACGAAGAGGGCGAGUGCGCCAGCCCGCCCGUCAACUUGUUCCUCGCCUCCCCCAUCCUGUACCGCGAAGCUGGGGAUCUCUACUACGGGCGCAACGACUUCCACCUGGGCGUCACUUCGUCUGCGUGGGGGCGGAAGCAGCGGAGUAGGGUGUUGAACUACUCAUCCGGCCUACCUAGCACCGGAACCGCCGGGACAGGAAUCGGCGCGCUGACGAGGCUGCUUACGCACCCCGACACAACCUAUGCCCGGCGGCGGAUCCGUAGCGCCAUCCUCUACGUGAAGCGGUUUGGCGCGCUCGUGCUGGACGUGCUGGCUCCUGCGCUGGGGGACAUGGUGCUGAAUGGGGCGUUGAGGAGAGUGAGGGUUGAUGUGAUGGAAGUCCCUUGCGCAACAGCGGGGUUUAAGGCCGCGCUUGGCGGGGGGACGCGGUUGCGGGUGGAUUACGCGGAGAACCCUGCGCUGAGGGCGGUGUUGAAGUUGCUGACGGAUCCGGACAUGGAGAGGGCUGAGCUGAGGGUUCACCGCGCGGCCCAUGCUCGCUUUUGGUGUCGGCUUCAUCCAGGUGGUGUUUCGCAACAGGGGGAUAUUGCUUGCCAAGCAAUAUCUAGGCAUUUGGCUGGGCAGGACAGGAGGCAUGAAGAUGGGUUUAUGCAGGUGGAUAUUCACAGGCUUGUGGAUGUCUGCGCUGGCGAUGCGGCCGAGUUCAGGAUCAAGAAAGUUGGUGUGAGCUGACGAACGGCUCCACCAAGCUUUCUACGAUUAGAACACGGAGAAGGGUAAUGACCAAUUGGCUGGCGGCGUUGCCGAGCUUUGCGCCAAGACGGGACCAUGCUUGGUGAUCAAGAUCUACCGAGCCAUCCGGGGUAGGGGACAGAUUUGGUGUCCGGCCUGAGAUCUGAGGACCUUAGACUGGGCCUGUCACUGAGGCAUGGUGAGUCCGACAACUAUGUGUGUCAUGAUGUGCGGCUUAAGGCCAAGUAUGACCAGAAGUCCACGGUGAUAUACUGAGCAUUAAGGUAGAAACUCAAGGAACCGCUGAGUCCCGGCGUUUGCUUACUUGGACAGGGUGUUGGCAGCCCUGGAGAUUUUUUGCCAAGAAGGCGGAGUUAAAGCUAGUCUCAGGACAAGGUUGCGCAACCUCAUAGCUCACGUACUAAUGGCUACC